AAAAAAGAAUAAAUGGUCAAUUUUGAGACUUCUCUUCGGGUGAAUUCUCAAGUUCCAGCUGAACUCUUCUACAGUACUCCAGGAAGAUUGGACAAGCCGUCUACCAAAGUUUUUGGUUCUUCACGCAUAUUUCUAGGAGGAGUAGAUCCAUAUAGACUCCAAAAUCUUCAAAAAACGUCUCUACCUUUUGUUGGGUCAAUUGGAAGACUAAAAUUGAAUGAUAAAGAAAUUGAUUUGAAAAAUCUAAAGGAAAAUCAAGGGAAAAUUUCUUUAGAGGAAAAUACGCAUCAAAAGAGCAGUCUGGAACAACGAGUUAAUUCAUGCUCUCGAGAGCCUUGUAAGAAUAGAGGAAGAUGUUUUCUUGAUAGAUGGGGAGUGUUUCAGUGUCAAUGCCAAUCCGGAUUUACUGGCAAAUUUUGUACUCUUCCUUCAACAGACGGUGUUUGUCCAGUUGACAGACGUCGUUGGUGUUAUAGAGGUGUUUGUCUAUGGGAGGAUGGCCAUGCAAAAUGUUUGUGCCCUCCUGGCUGGUUAGGACAACAAUGUGAAAAUAAAGAUGAGAAAUUUGAAGAGGAAAUGAAGAGUAUUGAAUUUAAUGGAGAAAAUUCUCUCUUAGCAUUUUCUUUAAAUUCUACCAAAAAUGAAGGAGAAAUGGGUGAAAAUGAUGGAUUUAUGAUUGAAUUUCGCUUGAAUCCAUCCAUCAGUCCAUUUAAUCAAGAACAAUUACUUGUAGCAUUAAUGAGGGAACAAGAUGCUCAAGUUCUGGCUGGUGUUACUAUGCUUCCGCAAAAUGGUAAAUACUUGAAAUGAUUAAAUAUUAAUGUGUACAGUAUAAAUUUUUUCAAUCCAUCUGGGCCACAUUAAACACAAAGCCACAGAGAUCCUCAGUGAGUGAGGAUUAAGUUUUGAGGAUCGUAUACUUUCGAGAGGUUCGUGACUCUUGUCUUGUUCUCUUUACCCGAUGUUCUCUUCACCCUACUUUGAUGUUCCCUUCGCACUACCCUUCAUACUACCCACAACACUUUUCGUUGUUCCCUUCACAUUACUCUUGAGUUUCGAGAACCAUGCUUCCUUUCUGAGAACCUAGUUUCCGUCAGUCUUCUCGAGUUUCUUUUGGUCUUGGUCU